UCAAACAUGACAAAAAUAUUUACCCAACCAAAGAAUAAUCUGAAAACUGAACACAAUUGCCCGAAACUUGCUAUGUAAUGGGUCAAACUUAACCUCCUAUCAUUCCAUAUAUUUUACAUUUGUUAUUUUGUCAAUCUUUAAAUUUAAAAAAGAAACUCUUAAUAAUAUCUUUUCCAUCUCCUUAAUAAUACUCGUAUUAUUUUACUAUUCAAAAAAUUUUAAAAAAAAACCUUCCAUCUCCCCAAUGUUUGUCUUAUUUUUUUUUUCAAUCUAUUACUUUAGGGACCACUAUUUUACUCUCACAACCACUUCAAUUAAUCUCGUCAUUAAUCACAAUCACUUUACCCUUUUAAACCAAAAAUAAAAAACCUCUACCUUUCUCGGAGCAAUAAAAAGAGGAUAAAAGGAAAGGAGCAUCAAUCUAACCCCUACAAAAAUAAAAAUGAAAAAGGAAGAUUUUCAAAUUCUUCAUCAUCAAAAAGAAAAAAUAAAACCAUAAAAAGGCGGGAAAACCUACAAAAAAUGGCGCUAAAACCAUUCACUUACCUCUACCACAUAAAACCCUCUCUUCCACCAUUUUCCCCCAUUUCAAUUCAAACUCCCAAACUCACUCUUUCUCUCUCAACAAUAAUUUUCUCUCUCUAAAAAAGCAAGAUGAUGUUCUCUCAAAGCCAGUACGACAAUGGCUUCUCAUCUUCUCAAUUCACUCAAUCUGAUUCCACUCCUUCUCCUGCUAAAAGUAGAGAUCCGCAAGGAACAAUUCCAGUAACUGUGAAGCAAAUUAGCCAAGCUUCUCACUCCAACGCCGACGAUAAAUCCAGUUUCAACCUCGACGGCGUCGAUGUCACCAACGUCAAAUUGGUGGGAAUGGUACUUGACAAAACAGAGAAAGUGACUGAUGUUUCGUUCACCCUUGAUGAUGGAACUGGACGUAUUGGAUGUAAAAGAUGGCUGAAUGAACCAUUUGAUAGGAAGCAGAUGGAGGUUAUAGAAGAGGGCAUGUACGUUCGGCUAGUUGGUCACUUAAGGAACACCAGAGGCUACAAUGAAAUAGCUGUGUUUAAUAUGCGGCCUAUUGUUAAUUUUAACGAGGUUACCCUCCAUCAUGUAGAGUGCAUUCACCAACAUAUUGUCAACCAAAAGUCACAGAAAGGUGACUCUCUCACUCAAGGUCAGACAAUGGAAUCAUCGCAUAGCACUCCAGUCAAAGUGGAAUCCAAUGGAAUUCACUCAUCUCCACCUAAUCAAUUCUCAAUGCAAAUGAGUGUUGAUGGCUUAAAAGACAUUGAUCAGAGGAUACUUGAUUAUUUAUUGCAAUCUUCAAGCCUGGCUCAAGAAAAGGGUGUACACAGGGAUGAGAUUGCUCGGCAUUUGAAGAUUCCAGUGGAGAAGCUCAUGGAAUCCAUCCCAUGUUUGGAGGAUGAAGGCUUAAUAUACUCUACAAUCGAUGAAUUUCACUUCAAGCUUACUGCUGCAUAAAUCCAUAUUUUGGCAAUGGACUAGGGAGAGGAUGGCUAUAAUAUACUAAUUAAGGUUGAAUCCUAUGCAUGUUCUGUUAUUACAGUAUUAGUAUUAGUACUGACUUGAUCAGUUCAGGUUUCAUAUCUAGUAGCAUUUUUUACUUUUUAUUUUUUUGCCUUGAAGGAAUCAUAUCUAGUAACAUAGCUCCUGUUUCGUAGUAUGAUCUAUGUAUAUGCUGGCUUUCGAUCAAUAACUGCACAAAUCGAAGGGAUGUUUUAUCUAUUAAAAUUUUACUACCCUUAUAAGUUGGAA